CAGUGAGAACGUAACGCUUCCGAUUUUCCCUUUUGUGCUGCUGCUGGGGAUAUGCUCUCGCGGUUGCGAAUGACGACGACGACGACGGCGAUGAUGACAGCAGCGGCGGCGGUUGUUCUGCGUUGAUCUGGAAGCACCUACUUAGAUGCGAAUCGUGUGCCGGUCGUUCAGGACGUGUAUGUGUGAAUGCGAGUCGCAGUAGUCAAAAUCGAAGGGCCGCCUCUAGUGCGCUGGCUAAUUUCUGGUUCUGCUUCGGUUGGAUUAGUGUUUUCCCGUGCGCUUCGCUUCGCGCUUGGGAUCCGGUGCGAUUGAUGGUGCGGUUCGUGAUUGACGGUGCGGCCCACUGAUUGUUCGCUGGGGCUCUGUGAUCUGGACUUGAAAGCCGGAAGAAACAAACGGCGACGGGUUUGUUUGGAAUGCGAUCGGAAGUGAAUUUUCCGAACGUGCGUUGUGUGUCGGUGCUAUUCAGCUGACCCGCUGGGAGUUCUAAUGUUUGGGUAAAGUCAAUAUCAAGCGUAUAUGAGCUGACAGUAGCGAGCCUCGGAUAGUGGGAACAGUGGGGGACCGAUAGUGCAGUCGGAAGUGUCCAACGGAAGAAAGGAGAACAAAGCAAGGCGGGAGUGGAAAAUUGAGUUUAAAUUUAUUUGAAACGCGGGCUAACGUGCUUGGGAAUUCGGCAGUCAGGCAGAGCCUGAUUCUACACCAGUCAGCCAGCCAGCGGUACAAUUGCAAUCAACGUGAAAGGAUGUUUGAUGAAGUUGCAUUCUGCGAGGCAGGAGAUUUGAUAACAAAUAAAACAAGUUUUUGUUUCAGCUCCAUUAAGUCUGAAUAUUCGCGUUGUGUUGAAUAAAAUCAUUGAAGUGCGCCAGUAACAAAAAAUGUGCAAGUUCGUGGAAUCCAAGCGCAAUAAAAAUCUGUGUUGACAGAAAUGAAUGGGUAUAAUGGAUUAAGGGUAGAAUAAAUACAGAGUAAGCGAUUCUCAAUGAUUAAUGCUAGAAGUGAGUGGAUAAAUUACGGCGGAAGUGCAAGUGGAGAAAUAAAAACAAGUGGGAUGAUAGAUGAGUUAUGAAAUAAAGGAUAUAUUUCAUUGUAUAAACAUUACUGUGGAGUGAAGCUGUUACCACUGAGCAUUUGUGGUAUAUUUGAGCUACAGCAUCGAACGAAUCGGAUUUGACUUCCAGGGAAAAAAUACGCGAUUUGUUUAUUCAGCUUCCUGAUGCUCAACCGGCGUACUUCCUUCGCACAGCCACCCGGCAUCCACCCUUCGGCGUAGAAUCCGGACAGCAUCACGUCACGUCACGUCAUCUCGCUGUCAGCUAGCAGACGGGGGCUCGUGAAGCGUGUCGCCUCAGAACAACUAAAGCAUUUGCUGCGACAUCCAAGGGAGCAUAUGUAAUUAGAAAAAUAUUUAUGAAUCUACCACAGAGCGGGGAACAACAGUGUGAAUAAUGUCAUAAACGGGGUCUCAGUGCAGAGGGAAGAGCAAAAAUAAAAACAAGCAUUCACUGGAAGCCUGGAGCGAAGAGUUCGAAAGUGUGCCGUAUGUGUGCAUCUGUCCGUCUGAAAGUGGCGACACGAUAGGCCUAAUAGAGGCGACAGGGGAAUCAAAACACUAACAGACCCGCCGUUCAGUCAAGUGCGGGUGGAACGGGUGUAGUUCGAAGAGCAUGUAAACACAAACACAGACCGUUCUGUUGGGAGCAUAAAAACAGAAGAAGGAUCAACCGUUUCGUUUUAGGGGGAAAUGGAAAACGCACCUACCGUACGAAACCAGUGAAUGUGACGGCGCAGCGAGGUGGCGGAGGAAGUUGUUUACUCAGCUCUGAUGGAACGAUCAGCAGGCGGGGAGAUCUAUAAAAAUCUUGAAACCAUUAAAGAGUAGUUUCCAUAGCAUUUUCAACGCCCACUAGCUCUUAGGGUGGGUUCAAUCAUGACGGAGAGACUGUGAGGAUGGUUUAGUAGCUUCUGCUUUCGGGAUGCCAGCUGCGUUCGAGGGGGGCAAUUAAAAAUUAAUGGUUAAACAACUCAAUCCUACCGGCUCCGGCUAAUCAUUAUGGGAAAAGUGUAAAGUAAGUGCUAACAAGCAAUAAAACGUGUGAAACGUGAGAGAAUUUUUGGUGAAUAAAAAUUAAUGAGAGUGGUGAUUUCAAUUGGAUGCGUCCCGUGUAAAGUAAUGCAGUGGAAUUCGACCUUUGGCGAAAUGUUUCAUCAGCGGGACAGUGACAUUUGGCGGAGUAGUGGGAGCAGCGUUUUUCGGCGGUUCAUCAGCAUCGGUAUUCUGCUUCAAAUAAUUGCUAAUUGUGACUAUGGCGCCCAAGCGAUGCGAUCCGUGCACCUGGUGGUGGACCCACCGGCCGUCCGACGAAGCCAGCACGCGACCCUGCGGUGUCUGUUCGAUUUGGACGAUUCACCCCUGUACUCGGUCAAGUACUACCGAGGUCAGCGAGAGUUCUACCGAUUUUCGCCCAGUGAACAUCCGGAGAAGAAGACGUUUGCCUUUCCGGGAAUCAAUGUCGAUCUCUCGCUGUCAAACGCAAGCCAGGUAGUGAUCCGAAACGUCGGUUUCGGGCUGUCUGGAAACUUUUCCUGUGAGGUAACAGCCGAUGCACCGUCGUUCUCCACGGCGACGGGACACAUCCAGAUGCAAGUGGUCGAACUUCCAGACAGUGGCCCUACUCUGUGGACAGAACACAACCGGUACGAAGCCGGUGAUGUGUUGCGGGCAAACUGCAGUUCACCUCCAUCCCGACCGAAAGCGGACUUGAAACUGACACUGAAUAACAUUGUGAUUUUCACCCCGGAGCAGACGGUUCGAACCACGACGGAUAAUCUGAUGACCACAGCCGUUUCGCUGAGGCUUCAUCUGCAGAGUUCGCACUUCAGUGGCGUUCAGAUGGCGGGCGGAGGUGGCAGCGGAACGCUCAUCCUUAGAUGCACCGCCACCAUCGGGAAGCUGUACGAGCGGUACUCGGAGCUCGAACUCGGAGUGCCCCAGCGGGAUCCGGUUCCGGCCAGAGUAACUCUGACCGGAUCAAGCGCCCGCACCAGCAUACCAUCAUCGCUGAUCCUGCUUGCCAGCCUGCUGGUACCCUUGAUGUUCACAGGGCUGCUUCCCAAGCACCGAUUAGCAGAAAUCCGGUUCACCGUUGCACCGUUGGAACGAAGAUAGUCUGUUGAAGCACUUUCUACCGAAAAUAGCCCGUUGCCGUAUCGAUAAUUGAAAACUGCUGACGGAACUUCCGUUUAACCCGCGUUUAGCUGAACCGGAAGCAAAAGCCACAUUGCAACCAACCAUCUCUUCACAGGAUGCUGCGGAACACGGUACUGCCAAAGGCGAUGGGGCUCCGCGGUUCCGAGUGGUCGGUCGAUAUGGUCUCCUCUAACUUCAUCAUUCACAUCAAAAGCAAAGGAUAAAGUUCUCUUUCAGUGGAGAUACUCGAGAGGGCAAUCGGUGUGUGACAAGCCGAGGGUCGGUGUAAUGGUAAUUUUAUAUAUCUAGAGCAUAUGUAUUUAGUAUAAAAAAGAACACACGCGAUAUGCACGGUGGGAAGCACAGGGACAUUGAAAGCAGAAUGAGUUGAAUUAGAUUUAAUUCUCGUAUGUUGCACUUUUUCACACCGAUCACCAUGCACCGGUGUGGAACGAGACCUGCGGGAUUCGGAGAGUAGUUGUAGCAAUUUUAGUGCAUACUAUAUUUAAUUAGGUCAGCAAGGGGGUUGGGUGGUGCGGUGAAAACCCGGUUCGAUGGUGAAUGAAUAGAACAAGAAGCGCAUCAGGACAUGAUAAAAUUUAAUUUUAAUUUAACGACAGCGAAGAAAUGUGUGAUAGACAGCAUGGCAAUGUGUGUGUAUGUGUGCAAAUAACAGUUCGGCACCAAGAGUCAUCCGCUAAUUUUGCAGCAAAGUGAAAUUGUCUACACACGAAUGAAUGAAUAGAAAUGGACGAAUGUAGUGACGUGAUAGGAGUAGCGCAAUGUUGAGAGCGUAAGUGAUGUAAGGAUAAAACAUAUAGCAAAUGAAUAUAUUAUUGCUGCUACUAAGUAAACGUUAAUCUAAAUGUUGAAUAAUUAGAAUAAGGGCUAUCGUUUUUUAUUACUAUUAUUAACAACCAAGGUAGGAACGCAUGGAUACAUGUUGUCAAUUCAAUCAGAACCGGCAUGAGACUGGAAACGGUUCGCGAGAUACAUGAUUGCAUUCGGGAAACAUCGUAGUGAAAGUAAGUCGAAUUGGUAAAUCGCCUAGAUGUAGGCAUCAUUGUCGAACCAUUAAUAGUCUGGGCGAAUUUGAACGAAAUGGUUUCGAAAUUCGGAUACUAGCAACUCUAAUUUGACCAGCAACCAGUAACUCUUAAUAUAUUGGAUUUUUUCCAUCCAUUAUUAUUUGUAGUUGAAUGUUUAGUUCAGAUUAUUUUUUUUUCACAUCAUUAAACACUUCUGCAAUCAUCGUGAGUAAGCUUUCACUCCUCAAUGAGCUACAUCAAUGAUAUGGAGCAUCGGUGCAUUUGUUUGCUUUUCGUGUAAAUGUUGAAUUGUUCGGUAAAGGUAUAUGGAGAUCGAAUAAAAAGUACAUCCGGUUGACUUUGUAGGCGAAUGUUCCCUUGUUUUGAAACAUGUAUUUUGCCAUGACCCACGACUUACUUUUUAAUAUAGAGGAAAUUUUGGAGGAAACGAGAGUGAUAUCUUUCGAACGCUAGGAACACUCAUUGUACUGAACUGAAGAGAACCAUUUUAGCACUCAUCAGUCAAUAUGACUGAUUAUGAUUAUGACUCCUAUAAACAACUUAAAAAUAGAUAUUCAGAGAACCAUUCGAAAUCGGUAUGGGAAAAUCGUAAAUUUGCAGCAAAUCUCAAAGUCGUCAAUAUGUAGCAAAGCUGAAUAAAAUAGAGCCAUUUUCGAAAUUGAAAAGCAAGAAAAGAGUACUGGAGAAUGCCUUUUAUUUCCACUAUUCUUCAUCAGAUUUUAAAAAUGUCGAAUCUCAUGAAUAAUCCAAGCUUGCAAAAUAUGAUUACAUGUCAAUAGAUUGAAAUUUGGUUAAUAUUACCAUAUCAUUUUUAAGUGAUACUUUUUACGUGUGCGCAUGAAUUUAUUCGACACCUGGGACACUGAUAAUUAGAUCGUUUCUGUAACGCCACAGAGAACAUAGACUCUUCUUAAUGAGCGGAUAUAUCAACACCCCCGAGGGGAUAUUAAACUAUAGUUUACCACACUGGGUUAGGAACAAUAGCAUAUCCUUGAGUUUCAGCUUUCUGUACAUAGCACAGUGUCGCCUAGCCGGACAAAACGUCAAAAUUUUAUUUUAGAUUUUUUAUGAUUUAACAUUUUCCUCUGUUUCUUAACAGGUUGAAUAGAGUCUUCUCAAAAUAUUAAGUCCCCAGGAUGAAAGUUCAUUUUUUACAGAACUUCAAAGGUGAAAUAGAUGAUGAAUUCUGAGAAAAACUGUUUUCAAACCUAAGUUAUUCAAAUGAAUAUAUCUUUUUAGUUAGGAUUCAGAUUCGGGUCGAAUUGGUUUCAUUUGAAAGUUUAUUCGCUGGAAUUACAGUUGCUAUCCGAUUUAGUCGAUACAAGCGUUUCUUCUCGCUCAGACAUGAAUUAAAGUUAUAAUGUUCAAAGUGGUUGCACUUUUUUUGAAACAGUUCGGAAAGAUCGCUUGUUGUUCAUGAUACUUGAAAAUUAGUGUACUUUCCGAAAAUGAAUAUCUUGUUUUGCUUCUUUAUGCUCCGAGGUAUAAAAAAGGUCAUUUUUCAUGAUAUGUCUGAAGGAGACGCAUGGUAGCAAUUGAAAAAAUGUGUAUUCUGCUAAAAAUUCACCACACCUAAUUUUUUGAAAAUGAAUUUUUGGAUAUAGUGCAUUUUAUAUUCGUAAGUGUUGAAUUUUCAAUUGUGCUUGGAAAAAUGCGGCAAAUUUUUUGACAUUUUCGGACUCAUAUCUAGCAGAAAAAAAUUAGUUUGAACGCAAGUUCGCUAGCUACUCCAAUGGUUGGUAUUUUCGAAUGCAGCCCAAGAGCGAAUUCUGUGCUUUUUUCAACUUAUCGACAAUGGUAGAACUGGUUCUGAACCAACAAAGGCAGCGCCCGCUUUAACCAAUUCAUCCGCCCAUUCAUUUCCAGUAACACCGCAAUGAGCGGAGAUCCAUAGAAAGUAGCAAACAUUUAAAAUGUUAAAUUGCCAUGAAUUCGACAUGCGACUACUAAUUUCGAUCUAGAAUCUGUCAAACUAAGUGCUUUCAGGGCAGCCCGACUGUCAGAGCAAAAAUAGAUUCUUUUAUUGUAAAUUCCCUGUUGCAGUGCCGAUUGUACGCCCCAUCGAAUAGUGAAGAUUUCUGCUUGGAAUACGGCACAGUAUCCACCAAGCGAAUGAGCGAAUUGUUUAAUGACAUUUCACGAUAAUAGACUCCAGCACAGGCUCGGCCUAGGGGCAGAUCACUUGUGAUGCAUUUUUAAAAAUCAGCGAAAUUAAAUGCAUUUAUUUCCAUCAAAAUAGAAAUUCAUAAUGUAUUUUGCGUUGCGUGCAAUGUUUUUGCGUUGCCUGCAAUGUGGUUUGCGUUGCGUGUAAGACGUCAAAACCCUACAGAAAAACUAGCCCUACAUUUAACAAAACGUCGAACAAAGUGGAUCAGCGUAGGACGUUUGUUAAACAAACUUUUCUGAGAGGGAGUGCCAAGCUGAUGCAAAAAUGGAAGUUAAAUGCAUUUUUUCUAAUUUGAUGCAAAUUUGUUAUACAUUCUUAGAGUGAUCUGCCCCAAGGGCUCGGUCAUCCAUCAAACAACCGUCAGUUUGACAACUACAUAUUCUUCAAAUUGUCGCUCCAUCCAGCCAUACAACCAUUCUUCGCGAGGAGGAAUUCUUGCAUUGAAAAUUUUAAAAGGAAAACGACGUGUGAGUGUAAGGUCAUUGGGAUCAAGUGUAUGUUCAUCCCAAGUAACCACUUGAUGCCACAAAUUUGUGUGGCUAGUUGCACAAUCUAUUAUGUUACUGUUCUAGAGCCCAGUAACCUCAAGACGGUAUGCACAAGAAAGUGUUUCUUGUUUCAAACGCACAUGUAGUGGUUUUAUCAAGUAACAUUUUCAACUUGUAUAAGAAAUUAAACGGUCGCUUUGAAAUGACAACAGCAAGUAGCAACUUGCCACUGACCGGCGCUUCGAUCGGCCAGCAAUCGCUAUACGAGGCUUGUGUCCAAGCUUGGAUACAAUGGUGACUCUCGCAUGACAACCUGUAUGCUAUGGUGAUUUUCAUUUAAAUGUUUACACAUUGUCAUAACUUCUCUCUUCUGCCACCAAAAAAGUCACCCGUAUGCCAGUAUUGAUCUAGCAAUUGUUGUGUCGACUGAAUGUACUUAGGUAUGAGCCCCCAAGAUUUGCCGAAGACUGUCUACAUUGGCAGAAGGCCAUGUAAGCUUUCUUGGUCCUGAAAUCGAUGUGAGCUGUUCAAUUAAGUUACCAAGAAUUAUCUCAAUGUACUUAACUUGAUCUACGAUAAUAAUUUCAGAGUCAAAAAACUGCAAUUGACGGCUCCGGUUGUAAUCCUUCGAAAUAUACCAGUGAUGUUUUAUUUGGAUUAACUGAUAGUCCGCAUUCAUUUUCCUCAACUCAACAAGCCAUCGGCGACAAGAUUCCAUAGAAGUGGUGACAGCACACCAUCUUGAAGUCGUCCGCAGACACUCAAUUUUCUUUCCGAUGCUUGUCUUAACGAUGAGCACAGAUGUCGGUUGCUAAGCAUUGCGUGUAUCCAGUUCGUGAUAUAUGAAAGUACUCCAUGACCUCGUACUGCCUUCUAAAUGGUUUCGAAAGACACGUUGUCAAAAGCACCUUCAAUAUCUGGAAAACCCCUAAACUUGAUAGCUUUUGUGAAAAGCUGUUUCAAUGUUGUAAACAACAUUGUGUAACAGGCUGGUAGUACACUUCCCUCAUCGAAGCGUUUGAUCGAUUUGGUUGUCACAAUUCUGCGAAUAUAUGCCCAAGAUUCAGAACUACCUAAAAGAACUCAGGAGCAGUCUUCAGUGAUGGGUUCGUGCAGCCUGGAAAGUGUGUGUCAAAAAACAGUUAGCACUCCUAAUCGGAUUGACACGAAAGUCUUUCGAUAUCAAAAGUAACUUAUUUCAUCUACAAGUCUCGUUAUGACUUGAGACAUUUGUGCAGAGGCUUUUCCAACCACUUCGCCCAGAGGAUCGAAGAGCAUUUAUGUAUGCUUUGAGAGCCAACUUAAAUUCCUCCGAUCCGACUUUGCGUCUGUUUUUCUGCAUAACUCUUUGAGCCGAACAAGUUCGGUAUUUAACGGUUAGGUCCUUAGAAGCACGCAUAACUUGAAGCGGAGUUUGUGUUAUCCACGACCUCAUUCAAGCCGCUUGGAGAUUCAAUCGUCGGAAGAUACCCUUGAAACCUAGCCGCCAAGUCCUCUUCAUAGAGGUCCCAGUUCGUAGAUUACGAUAUGUGACGAUAUCUAGCGAGACGUUCAAAUGAUUAAAGACGAUGUACUUACUAUCAGAUAACGACGGCUCGAGCUCGUUUGGUACGAGCCAGUUUUCCAACUCAUACAUAAUACUGUCAGAGCAGAGAGUUACAUCUAACACCUCUUCUCUGCUAGCUCGUGCAAAUGUUGGGUGAUUUCCUACAUUAAGAAUGUGCAGAUUUGUACCAUGUAAGCAUUCCAUUUAUUAGGUGCCUCUCAAAUUGAUAUCUGAGACGUCAUAUUGACAGUGACAGCGCAAAUGUCGCGAAUUGUGAGGUCGGAUAUAAGACAUGCGUUAAUAGCACAAGGCUUUUCACUUGAAUUUGUCAUACCAUUUUUGUUGAAAGCUACGAAGACGGGGUUGAGCAUAUCGAAAUAACACUCGAAAUAUUGGGUAAAUUGCACAUCUAAAGGCUCUUUCAUGGCCCGAUAAUUUUACGUCUCGAAAGAAAGCAAAAUUACCGAACUUUUUUAGAAAAACAGUGAACAGCAAAACUCUUGUAUUUUUAAAAUGAAUUAUUGGACAAAAAUAUUUACGGUUUCCGAAAAACUGAUCAGUUCAGUUGAAGUUGAUUGAAAUCAGUAAUAUACGUGGGAUUGCUUGCCCGAGCAAACGAAAAGCCUAUAAUACUCCUAUGGUCAUGGGGUUUGACAUGGGUGUUUGAAAUGGGUUCAAACCAUAAAAACACCAUCACCAUGGUCCGGUGGAUCCCAUUUAAAAUACCAUAUGUUGGUGUAUUUAUGGGUUAUUGAGACCAUUUUGUGGUGUCUUGAUGGUUGUGAAUUUUGUCAUGGACCAUGUUUAAGGUAUUUUCAUGGUUCUAUGUGGUGUUUGCACCCAUGAGUAAUUGCUCGGGUGAACAGAUCAAAUAUGGUUUUUUUAGUUUCGAUGAUUUUGUUAGAGGGAAUCAUCUUAUCGUACGUUACUGAAAAAAGUCUCAUUUGAUCAAACUUACCCAGGUGAUCGAAAAUGCCCCGUUUUGCGGUACGCUUAUUGCCGCUGAAACCGAGAUACAAUGUCUAUACCUAUACAAGGAUCUUCCAUCUUAGUUGCACUAUCCUCCAGGGUCCGGCACUCGAAGUGUAACCACUUCGGUCAAAUUUCGAACAACGUGUUUUCUAACGAAAAAAAAAAAAUCGCUGUAACUGCAAAUGGGAACUUUUCAAUCGUUUUUAUCGAGCCCGGCGUGAAAAUAUAUGCGACAUACUAUAGUAAAAGUGUUCUGGAGGCUACUUUGAAGCCAUGGACAGACAAAAAUUUUGGACGCAAACCAUGGACGUUUCAACAAGACUCGGCACUGUCUCACAAAGCAUGAGUGAACUAGGAAUGGAUGAAAACCAACGUUCCGAACUUCAUUUUGACCACACAAUUGCUCUUGAAUUCACCAGCCUCGAGACGCUGAAGAAAGCCAUUGUUCGUGAGUGGUCCAAAAUACCGGCAAGUCACAUGCGGGCAGCUUGGGAUUCGUUUUUUGACCGACUGAAGACCAUAGUCAAGGUAAAAGGUAGCCAUAUCGGGCAAAAGUGAAUAAUUUCUGAAUUUUUGAAUUUGUUCAAAUAUUCUGCACUUUAAAGUUAAAAAAAAAUUGUCCUUUUCAAUCGGUUACACUUCGAAUGCAGGACCCUAUACAGGUAUGUGUCAUCUAAUACUUCAGUAGUAGGUAGCUCAGAAAAACGAGCGAUUGAUAACACACCUCUAACUUUAUAUCAAAACAACGUUUCCGUUGCCCGCAUCGAUCUAGGUAGUAUCACUAAAGAGAAAUUAAUUUCUUUACAGCAAUUAAUGUUCCAAUUGAUGACUGAAAUGCUAAAUUCUAAAUUGAAGUGAUUGAAACUGGGUGGGAAUUUGCAAACAAAUUUGCUGCAAUUUUUGAGAUUAAAGUUCAAUGACUUUAAAUAAUCAUUCACAAACUUAUUAAAUUGAAAUGCUCGUUUACUAAAACGCGCGGAGAUGAAUUUUUCAAUUUCUACAUACGUAUGUAGUUCGUUCUUUUCUAUUCUUAGCUUAUAUCAAAGCAAUCAUACUACAGUCCAAGGAAUACACUAAAGUUUUUUAUGCGACUUUUCAUGCGGAAUUUCCAAGUUAUCCUGGUUUUAGGCAGAGUUCGCAAAAUAUGCGGGUUUUUUUUUCAUUUUUCUCAUAAAAAAGAUGUGCAACCGCUCUGAGCACGGAGUUUUCAGUCGACGGGUUCAAUACACCACUCGACUCUGUUCGCCAGGUUUGGGAAGUGGCUGUGUGUGUUUGUGACUGUGUCCGUUUAUGUAACCGGCAAUCUCACAUCGAUUAUUCUGAGAUGGUUGAACCAAUUUUCUUAAGCUUAGGUUCAACGUUCUCAUAGGCUGCCAUUGAAUUGCAUUAUGAUCCCACUUUCGGCUUGGGAGUUAUAAGUUAAUAAAUUUUAUUCAAAUGGGCGCCAAAUUUCCAGGCCAAUCAUAUCCUGUUCUGGCUCAUUGAUCACCUUUGAUAGUUCACGAAGGCCAGAGGAAAACGAUAAUAUUUUGAAUUAAAAUCACAUCGGUAUUCCAGUAUUCUCCCAAAUGUCAGAUUCUUCUAAUUAUUGCAUUUUAAUAUAUGGAUUUUAAACUAUUAUUACUGAAGUUCGCAACUACCAUGAACAUAGUAAACGUGUUUUUGUAUGCACAAAUCCAGUGUUGUUCAAAGUAUUAAAUUUUACUGAUGGUACCAUUAACGCUUAAUCGAGGUUUAAUGCGCCGAUAAGCUUGGCUUAAACGUUCAAUAAGAGUGAAGGAAUCGGCCCUAAACUGAAUUAUUAUAUCCGUCAUCAAGUUAUUCUUCACAUUUUAAAAUAUUUUGAUUCAAGGGUUCAAAAUUUAAUUUACAUGGAAUUUAAAAUCGUUUAAAAUUUAAAGUAUUAUGAUCAUACCAACCAAUAAUCUUGACAAUCUAGCAGAGAUGUCCCUGACAUUAUCUACUCUAGUUCUGGAUCUCCUAAUUUUUUUGCGGUGCUUUUUAUGUGGAUUUUCUAAGAUAUUUGGCUUGUGAUACGAGUUCCCCACAUAGAAAAGACUUCAAUAUAUAUUGAUUAUUUGUUCCUUCACCAACCGCUUCAUUUAUUUCCGUUAGUUGAGAACUCAGAAAACCGAUUUUCAGAACAUCCAACCGAAGUUCGUUCGUGUUCGCCUCUCGUUCGUUUCAUUUAAAUUCCAGUCGCAAAUCUUGAAGGCGGAGUAUCUAUUCGAGGAACUGUAUAUCAAGAAUUUUCAAAUUAUGCAUAAAUGUUUUAAACUCCUCGUGUUACAAUAUCGUCGGCACCAGCUGUGAUUCCUGUCCGAGGCAUUGAUGGAUGCUGCAGCAAAUGUUUCGAACAACGAACCGCAAUGCGAGCAAGUGCAAUUAUUUCACAAACAUUGAAAUCUAAAAUCAAAUUGGGGCUACUGAAGCGUUAAAAGGCCGCUCAACAAAACAGGUUCAAGCGUCCAAUUGGAAUUCAAUUCCGUUGCUAACAUCAAACGAUUCGGUGCAAUGGUAUGUUUGUGAGUUGAUAGAAUUCGAUUUGAAUCAACAAUUAAUUGGGUGAAUUGGUGACAGCAAAAACAGGCGAGUGUAAAUUCUAUGUUUUUCCUAUUCGUGCUGGUGGGUGGUGCACGGGCUGAAUUUAACAAACACCUAUUUCAUCGAGGGAAUCGAUUGACACUGUCAUGUUAAUAUUCAACAAAUAUAUUUGUUUUUGUUCUCUACUCAGAAAACCGGAAAUCAAGCAACAAUGUGUAGAUGUUUUAUUUUGAUUAAGGCUCAAGUUACCUCAAGGCUUGGUAGUAUGCGUAAGAAAAAUUGUGUCCAGCUUUGCCACCAGAUUAUCCAUUUAAACCUUUUCAAAACUCUAAAAAAAAGAAUAUCAGUCGAUUUAUUAGAUCAUCACGAUUCAAUUCAUGCAAAAUACCUACUGGAAAAACCAUCGGCUUAGCUGGAUGGUGCUUUUGAAAAAGUGGCUGUGAUUUUUUAUCACACUACCACACCGAGCUGGGGUACGCAACACUACUGCGCAAUGAAAAAACCACAGCCACUUUUUCAAAAGCACCAUUUAGCUAAGCCGAUGGUUUUUCCAGCAGGUAUUUUGCAUGAAUUGAAUCGUGAUGAUCUAAUAAAUCGACUGAUAUUCUUCUUUUAGAGUUUUAAAAAGGUUUAAAUGGAUAAUCCGGUGGCAAAGCUGAACACAAAUUUUCCUACGCACACUACCAAGCGUUCAAUUCUAACACAUGCUUAAAAAAGGUAACUUGAACCUUAAACUAACCCAUCCUGCACACAAGAUACGCCCACUCUAAUCAAAAAUCAAAACAAAAACGCCCGAAUGCAAACUCGAUAGUAGCAUACAGCAUCAAACAUUGAAAAUGUAGCGCGACAAAAUAACGUAUGACAGCAUGAUGAAACAUUCGCUCCGUGAUACAUUCAUAUUCGUUUCAAUUUCUGUAUAUAAUCUCCGAUUUUUAGUGAAUGUAAUGAAGAAGCAAGUAAAGAAAAGGAUUCGCUUAACACUUUUUAGGUUAUUUGUAACCAAAGAAGAAACAUACCCAAAAUGCAAGGCUAAAAGUUUGUUAUUACAUGUAAUUGAUAAAGAAUGUCGAGCACAGCCCGUUAUUUACCAAUCGAUUCGGAAUACAAAUUGGCGCUACUCGUAUUCCAUUAAAUUAUAAUAAAAAAAAAAUCGAAGGAAUUGUGAAAAAAUUUACGUAUAAAUUAGCUGGCUUUUGUAAAAUAUUACAAAAAAUGAAACACGAUAGAAAUAAGCACGGAAAGUCUUACAUAGAUAGAGUAAGAAGAAGAAAACAGAUACUUAAGUGAAAAUGGCACGAAACGGUUAAACCCUUACGUAUAACUGUAAAAGAUGUUUGUUUAAAAUGAUAAAUGAAAAAUCCAAAGAUGAUAACAUGACAAAUGCGGUUGCAGCAUCAUACGAAUUUCGACAUCGGAAGAGGAGGAAGCACACACAGAUGAUGUGUAAUGAAAUGCGGUAAUAAAGUGGAGUAAAUAAAACAAUAUAUUUAUGAGAAA